GGCCAGGCUGCCUCCAGAUGUAUGGCCUGGCAGCCUCCAGGGUCUACACCAUCUGCAGUAUUUUAGGUUCCCUGGCGGAGUUGGGGGGGAAGGUCAUGCCUGCAUAAACCAUGAGCUUUCCCACCCCCACCCCUUUUCCUGGAAGCUGACUGCUGUGUGACCGCCUGCAGGUGUCACAGGCCCCCCCCUUCCUGAUGCUUAAAAAGGGGUCGUGCCUCCUAGGCCUCCCAGGGGCAUAGACUGCUAGGCAGCCGUCCUCCACCCAGUGAGGACUGCAGUGCCAGCGCAGUCUGGGUUUGAAUGCUGCCUCUGGUGUGGUGUGGCCCCAUCCACUUGUAGCGUUUGGGCCUCAGCUUGUCUGUCCUGUGAAGUGGGGAACAGCCCCACUUCCUCGUCUGAAGCAGACAGCGGGUAAUCUGGUCGCAAGAAAGGGUGGGGCUGCACCCCAAGGGGCACCUCUACAGCUGAUCUCCCUCACCCUGUCCCGAUGGCUGCUCAAGUGCUCGUCCUGCUGGCCCUCCUCGCCGCCUCCGCCCUGGGGGACCCCGGCUCCGCGGGCAGACGACCCCAACACCAACUCCAUCAACACCCUGGGCGCCUCUGUUCCCUGGGCACAUGCCAGACGCACCGCCUGCCCCAGAUCAUAUACUGGCUGCGCUCUGCUUCCACCAAGGAACCCUCGGGGAAGGCAGGCCGCGACCGCGAGCCCCAGGACCCCCACAGCUAUGGGCGCCGGCGGCGACGCGAAACCAGAGCCCUGCUCCGUGCCCAGGACCCGGGCCCGCAGUACGGAGUCCAGCGCCGUGCCCAGCUCGCUGGGUGA